AUGGACCCAAGCUUCGACAUGUGGGAAAAUCCCCGCCCUCAUGUUCGCCAGACAAGUUUGAGAAUCUCUGAACCAAGCUCCAAUCCGUCUCCACCUUCAAGGAAGGCAGAGAUUGCCGUGGAAGGCAAAGGCAAAGCCGUAGCGGAGGAGGAUGAGGAUUUCAGCGAUAAUGAUGACUUGGAAUCCUCACCAAUGCUCUUUGAAAUGGGCUCUGGUUCUGGUUUACACUCUUCUCCACCUUUUGGUGAGUCUCUCCUCCCCAUUGAGAAUCAUUUGGACCCGCUGCAAGAGAACAACACGGACGCUGAAGAAGGGAAGAGUGUUUUCGGUAAUGAAUCUAUCCCCACUGAUUGGGAGGACCGUGUUGAUGGCCAGGAGGAUGAUACGGAGCUCACAGCUGAGGAUUUGAGAAUUUUGGAGGAGUGUGAAAAGACAAUGAUACUGGAAGCGAUGAUGGAAGAGGAUGAUUUACUUGGUGAGGAGUUGGCGGAGGAUGAAAGGAGAGCAAAUGAAGCCAUGGUGGAGAGUUUGGAGAGGACCAUCUCUGAAGAUGUGAGACCAAUUGUCCAUGUGACAAGUGGAGCAGUUCCGACCUCUUCUCAGUCGCCAACCAGCAAGAGAGAGAGAUCGCCUCCAAGAGUGCAAGCGGCAAAGGCUGGCUCAAAGAAGAAGACUCCCAAGAGCCCAAAGACGCAGGCUGCGGCAUCCAAGAAGUUGAAGGUGUUUCAAGGAAAGAGUUCACCGAAGAGAAAAGCCCCUUCUUCGUAUGCAGAUUCCACAAAAGAAAAGAGAAAGACGAGUGAUCCUUCUAUCCCUCCCACUGAGGUGAUUUUCGUUCCUAAAAAACCCUCCGAAGCCACCUGA